ACGGUGUGUUGUGGAGGGGACACCUAGAUCUGCUGGUCUGGUCUGUCUGUCAGUGCGUGCUCUUCAGGCGCUUAGGGUGGACGUGGUUGUCGUAACAGAGUCGUGUCGCGAGUGCCUAUCUUGGAUAUUGCCACCUUCAACGUUGCGGAGUCGUGACUGAAGCACCAGCAAGGAUUGUGCGGCUUGCUCUUCGAGUUUCGCCUAGAAAAUCUGGGAGGAUGUUGAAGCAGAUCCUGCAAGACCUCUGGGUGCACCCUGACAUCCUCGCCGAGCUGGAUGAAAGCCAGAAGCAGACGCUGUUCUGUCGGAUGCGUGAGGAGCAAGUACGCCGCUGGAAGGUGUGGGACCAGGAGGAGCAGAAGAGGCCUCAAAAAAUAACAGAUAGCAAAACCAGUAGAAAACAUGUACAGUUCAUGUUAGAUGCGGAAGGAGAUCCUUGGACUUGGGUUAUGGGAGAACAUCCAGAUGACAAGAGCAUUGAACAGAUAUUGGAGGAGGAGGCUAGGGAGGCUGCCAGGCUUUUAGCUGAGAAGGAGGCACAACAACUAAGAUUAUCAGUUGAGGCAGAGUUGACAGAGCUGUUGGAUAUAAACCAGAAGCAGUUGGCAGCCAUGGAGGCUGCUCAAGGUCCAGAACAUGAAGACAUCUACUGCUCCGUCGCUGAGGUCAAGGACAGAAUAAAGGUUCCGAUUUUGCCUUCCCCAAGAGACGCCCUUCAGGAAAUUUCAUUAAACAAGCCUCACAAAGUAUCACAGAGAGUGGCAAUGUGGGAGAAGAAGGUCAUGGAGGAAAGGACUUCUCAGAUUUUCAAAGGGAUUCAAAAGAAGAAGUUGGAAGCAGCAAAAGAAGCAGAGGAAGCAGAUGAGAAACGAGAACAGUUAUGGAAAGAACAAGAAAAGAAGGCCAAAGAAGCUGAACAAAAGAUACGAGAAAUCGCACGUCUUGCUAGAGAAGAACAUAGAAGAUCUGUUAUGGAUGUGGAAAUGGAUGUUCCCCAGCAGUCUCCUGACAGUCCUACACCACCCAAAGGACUGACAGCGGAGCAGCUUGAAAUUGGAGGGCCCAAACCACCGAGUAAAGAAGCCAUCGUGGAGUGGUUCCGCUCGAGUGAGCUUGCCCGGAGAGCAGGUUUAGAGCCUUACCGCAAUGUUGUUGCUCCUUGGUUCCAUGGUCUGAUAUCAAGACAGGAGGCAGAGUCCCUGCUGAAUCACCAGCCAGUUGGUUGUUUCUUGGUGCGAGUUUCUGAACGAAUCUGGGGCUAUGCCAUCAGCUACCGAGACUCCGACCGUUGCAAGCACUACCUGGUCGAUGCUUCUAAUGGCCACUACCAGUUUCUUGGCACAAACCAGAUCGCACACAACUCCUUAGGGGAACUUAUUAAGUACCACAGCACACAACCUAUUACUGUAUUGGGCGGAGAGCUGCUUGUUCUGCCCUGUGCUAGGCCUGAAACUAUGCCUGCCAUCUGUCAGGGACUGGGCUUGUUGGAACACGUCCGGUGAUAGUCCCACAUCCACUCCUACCUUGCUUCUAGUAUUUAUUGUGAACUGCUGUACAUACUCUUGUAAUUUAAUGAUACACUAAAGUGAUAUAGGUUUAAGUUGUUUGUAUCGAUUGUAAAUACUUUUAAACAUCAGACUUGUUGUGUUGUCUCAGUGCGUGCGAGUUGUGUUAUGUGGGUGCAAAGUGUAAAGUGUGCUUGCAAAGUGGACAUUUACACAUAAAGGCCUGUCAAUUGUCUAGUCCGUUAUGAGUUGGAAUUGGGUUGAUAUACCAACCAAUUUUUUUUACCACACUCUUACUCAGAAUAUAGAGAGUUUUAAAGGUUGAGACAAUGUAAAGUGUCCAACUGCUAUUGACGAUAUGUAAAUUUUGUGUAUUUAGAAAAUAAUUAUCUAAAAUUGAUUGUAGUUACAAUAAAAUAUACAAAAAAUUAUAAAUUAAUUAAAUAAUGUAAAAUUUUUUGAACAAUUUUGUAUUUAAUAGCACUUCAACAGUAGUAUCAAAAAUUUCUCAGAGGAUAACAAACAUGUAAAUAAAUUGUGUCUUUACAUUCAUUAUUUUUAAGACUAUAUUAGUUGUUUUUUAAUUGUAUGUGUUUUCUACAUUGUAUAGCACAUAAUUAUCCUACCAGAUAGUCAUAACCUCAAUGAAUGUGAUUAAAAGAAAAUGUACAUAAUUUACUGAGUCAUAUAAUUAGUUUAGCUGAGUUACUACUUUGUUAUUCUUAUACUACUCUUAUAUAUUUUAUAUCCUAAUUAAAGAGCUGUGCCUUAUUCAA